UUGCAGUUGCAGUGUAUACCUUCGACAAAACCAAACAAUGCGUCGGAACCAUGACCAUCGAGAUCGACUUCCUACAGAAGAAGAGUGUGGACUCCAACCCUUACGACACAGACAGGAUGGCCGGAGAGUACAUUCAGCAGUUUAAUAAUCAGGCCUUCUCUGUCGGGCAACAGCUGGUGUUCACUUUCAACGACAAACUUUUUGGGUUGGUUGUUAAGGAUAUCGAGGCAAUGGAUCCAAGCAUCCUGAAGGGGGAGCAGUCCUCCGGCAAGAGACAGAAGAUUGAUGUGGGUCUGGUGGUGGGAAACAGCCAGGUGGUGUUUGAAAAGGCAGACAACUCGUCCUUAAAUCUCACAGGUAAAUCAAAGACCAAGCAAGACCGUCAGUCUAUCAUCAACCCCGACUGGAACUUUGAGAAGAUGGGCAUUGGUGGUCUGGACAAGGAGUUCUCGGACAUUUUCAGGCGAGCCUUUGCUUCAAGAGUCUUCCCUCCGGAGAUUGUGGAGCAAAUGGGGUGCAAGCAUGUGAAAGGCAUCCUUCUCUUUGGUCCUCCUGGUUGUGGUAAGACCCUCAUGGCUCGACAGAUUGGUAAAAUGCUAAAUGCCCGUGAGCCUAAAGUGGUCAACGGCCCUGAAAUUCUAAACAAGUACGUUGGGGAAUCUGAAGCGAACAUUCGCAAGCUGUUCGCUGACGCCGAAGAGGAACAGCGGAGGCUUGGUGCCAACAGUGGGCUGCACAUUAUCAUCUUUGAUGAAAUAGAUGCCAUAUGUAAGCAGAGAGGCAGCAUGGCGGGCAGCACUGGCGUCCAUGACACUGUAGUCAACCAGCUGCUGUCUAAGAUAGAUGGUGUGGAGCAACUUAAUAACAUCCUAGUAAUAGGGAUGACCAACAGACCAGACCUGAUAGAUGAGGCUCUUCUGAGACCUGGCAGGCUGGAGGUCAAAAUGGAGAUUGGCCUGCCCGACGAGAAAGGUCGCAUCCAGAUCCUGCAUAUCCACACUGCUCGCAUGAGGGAACACAAACUACUAGCUAUCGAUGUGGAAAUUCCUGAGUUGGCCACGGAGACCAAAAACUUCAGUGGAGCCGAGCUGGAGGGGCUGGUGAGGGCAGCACAAUCCACAGCCAUGAAUCGACAUAUCAAGGCCACUAACAAAGUUGAGGUUGACAUGGAGAAGGCAGAGCGUCUGCAAGUGACAAGGGGAGACUUCCUAACAUCCCUGGAGAACGAUAUAAAGCCUGCCUUUGGAACUAACCAAGAGGACUAUGCAAGCUACAUCAUGAACGGCAUCAUUAAGUGGGGAGACCCCGUCACCCGUGUCUUGGAGGACGGGGAACUGCUUGUCCAGCAGACAAAGAACAGUGACCGCACACCCCUUGUCAGUGUCCUUCUGGAAGGUCCGCCACACAGUGGCAAAACAGCACUGGCUGCCAAGAUCUCUGAGGAAUCCAACUUCCCAUUCAUCAAGAUCUGCUCACCAGAGAAGAUGAUUGGCUUCUCAGAGACCGCUAAGUGCCAAGCUAUUAAAAAAAUAUUUGAUGACGCUUACAAGUCUCAACUGAGCUGCGUUGUUGUAGAUGACAUAGAGAGGCUGCUAGAUUAUGUGCCGAUUGGUCCCCGUUUCUCCAAUCUGGUGCUGCAGGCUCUGCUUGUGCUGCUAAAGAAAGCCCCUCCUCAGGGUCGUAAACUACUGAUCAUUGGCACCACCAGCCGCAAGGAUGUUCUUCAAGAGAUGGAGAUGUUGGAUGCUUUCAGUACAACCGUCAAAGUUCCAAAUAUCACCACAGGAGAGCAGCUUAUGGAAUCUCUGGAGCUCCUGGGUAGUUUCAAGGACAAUGAACGCUCCAUCAUCGCACAACACGUGAAGGGAAAAAAAGUUUACAUUGGAAUCAAGAAGCUGCUAAUGUUAAUUGAGAUGUCCAUGCAGAUGGACCCAGAGUAUCGUGUCAGCAAAUUUCUUGCCCUCCUAAAAGAAGAAGCUGCGUAA